AUGAAGAUAUUGAGAACUGGCCCAUGUGAUGGGUUCCCGCUCGACAAAGCCAUUGCAUACGUGAAGGCUCGCAAGCCUUUCUGUGUCAAUGAUGUGCCUAUGCAAAAGAUCCUGUGGGACAGACGUAUCUGCCUCCGUUUACUUGACAGGGUUGGCGUGCCCUCACCGCAACGCUUGGAGGUUAGCCGCGACGGCGGUCCCAAACUUUUGACUCCUGAUAUCACAAAACACAUUAAAGAUAUCACGGGUAUCUCAUUUGAGCCUACCCCCACUGAACCCGAUAAGAGCCAAGCGCCCCGCAAAGUUGAGCUUCUCGACAACGGUGACAUCCUUAGUGUGGAUGGAGCUUUGUUGAAGAAGCCGUUCGUUGAGAAGCCUACCAGUGGGGAAGAUCACAAUAUUAUUAUUUACUUCCCCCAAUCGGCCGGUGGUGGCGCGCGGAAGCUCUUUAGAAAGAUUGGAAACAAGAGCUCUGAAUUUGUCGAAGAUUUGAUCGUCCCAAGAGCCAUCACUCAACCGGACGGUAGUUUCAUCUAUGAGAAAUUUAUGAAGGUAGACAACGCCGAGGAUGUCAAGGCGUACACCGUGGGUCCUACUUAUUGCCAUGCUGAGACAAGGAAGUCGCCGGUUGUCGACGGUGUCGUGCGCCGCAACACUCAUGGAAAGGAGGUUCGGUACGUGACGGCCCUUACCACCGAGGAGAAAGAAAUGGCCAGCAAGAUCUCUACCGUUUUUGGACAACGUGUGUGUGGUUUCGAUCUUCUCCGGGCUGGUGGCAAGAGCUACGUGAUCGACGUCAAUGGAUGGAGCUUCGUCAAGGACAAUGAGGACUACUAUGAUCACUGUGCGAACAUCUUGAAGGAGAUGUUUAUCAAGGAGAAAGUCCGAAGAGGAGGACUCACGCCGCCGAUUCCAUCUCCAGCUGCCUCUGAGGUAGAUCCGAUGGUCAAGACCGGCCUAGGCAUCAAGGAGAAAGAGCCUACUCCUCUCUCCGGAAUGCUACCAAAUCAGCCUAACGCUCCGAAGAUCCCGUCUAGCGCAGCCUCUGUGUCAGGCGAGAAGCCAUCGCAAGAGAAGAAGGCUGGUGAGCUGACGGCACCUCCCGCUGUGCCCACUCCCAAGUCAGAGAGCACGGUGGCCUCGAAAUUGCAGAGUGCCUCAACCAGUCCCCUAAUAAGCCAACUCCCUGAGUCUGUAACGAAAUCUGUGCCAUCAACAACUCCCUCCACAGUGCCAGCGACUCCGGCGCUUCUCCCCGAAAAUGAUGUUGAAGAGAGCGAGGAGACACCACCUCCACCUCCGCCCAAGCAUUCCUGGAAGCUAAAGGGCAUUGUCUCGGUUAUUCGACAUGCCGAUCGCACUCCAAAGCAAAAGUACAAGUUCACCUUCCACACUGAACCGUUCAUUGAGCUUCUCAGGGGUCACCAAGAAGAGGUAUUAUUGAUUGGCGAGCCUGCCUUGGCAAGCGUUCUUGAUGCCGUCGACAUAGCCAUGCGAGCAGGCAUCGAAGAUCGCGCAAAGCUGAAAUCUCUUCGCAAUGUACUUGUCAAGAAGGGCAGCUGGCCGGGAACCAAGGUCCAGAUCAAACCCAUGUUCCGAAAGAAGAAGACAGAUGAGAUGGCACCAGUCGACGAAAAGAAGGUCUCCGAGAAAGAGAAGGUCAAGGCAGUCGAAGAAGUAACGCCUGCAGAGGCCUCACAGUCAGAGGCUGAGUCUGAUUCUCGCCCACGACAGCCAAAGCGGCACGACUCCUUAUCAGGCGUCACAAUGUCAAAGUUCACCGCUGCUGAGAAUAGCUUGGUGCUCGACAAGCUCCAACUCAUUGUGAAAUGGGGUGGAGAGCCAACGCACUCCGCUCGCUAUCAAGCGCAGGAGCUGGGCGAGAACAUGCGUAAUGAUUUCCGUUUGCUGAACCGUGAUAUCUUGGAUGAGGUCCACGUAUACAGCUCUUCAGAACGGCGGGUGACCACCAGUGCCCAAAUAUGGGCAGCAUCCUUCCUGGGUCAAAAAGACGUGUCUGAGGACUUCAUAACAAUCCGAAAGGACCUGCUAGACGAUUCUAAUGCUGCGAAAGAUGAAAUGGACAAGGUAAAGAAGAAGCUGAAGGGUUUGCUACGAAAGGGCAAUGAGCGGCCGUCGCAAUUUGCAUGGCCGCCCAACAUGCCUGAACCAGCGGAGGUGCAGACACGAGUGGUGCAGCUCAUGAAUUUCCACCGCCGAGUUUUGCAACACAAUUACAGCAAGCUAUAUAGUGGCGCUGUAAACUCCCUUACCGCGAUCUCCAACCCGAGCGUUGAAAAGCUCAACGGCCCUCCGCCAUCUGAAGGCUCCGCUUCUUCAUCUCUAUCGCAAGUCAAUGCAGUCAAUAACAUACAAGCGCGAUGGUGUUGCGGCGAGGACGCCGAACUCUUCAGGGAGCGGUGGGAGAAGCUUUUCCAGGAGUUUUGUGAUGGAGACAAGGUUGAUCCCAGCAAGAUCUCCGAGCUCUACGACACCAUGAAGUUUGAUGCUCUACACAAUCGGCAAUUCCUCGAAUGGGUGUUCACUCCACCCAAGACCAUGCUUGAGGACGAAUACGGCAUUGCCCCUUCCAGCGGGAAAGACACCAAGGCGCCACAGAAGGACAACAGCGAGCACGCUUCCAGCAAGUCUUCUGAAGACUCCAAGGAAUCUCGAAGCGAAACAUCGGCAUCUGUAUCACGGGAGGGCGAGCGCGUUGAUGGGCAACCGCGUUCGGUCAGGCGGAUGUUCCGCAGACGGUCCUGGAUGAACAAUCUGCGCCACGCUGGUGUUGAACCGCCCGAGCAGUACUUCCAUCUGUAUCAGGGUAACAGUCAGACUAAAGCCAAGACUGAUGCUCGAUUCGAGCCUUUACGAGAGCUGUAUCAGCUUGCCAAGGUCCUCUUCGACUUCAUCUGUCCGCAGGAGUACGGCAUCUCGGACAGUGAAAAGCUUGAGAUUGGGCUCCUGACCUCGCUGCCGCUCCUGAAGGAGAUUGUCCAGGACCUCGAGGAGAUGCAAGCAUCAGACGAUGCCAAGUCUUUCUUCUACUUUACCAAGGAGUCACACAUCUACACCUUGCUCAACUGCAUCCUGGAAGGCGGCAUCGAGACGAAGAUCAAGCGCAGCACCAUCCCGGAGCUCGACUACCUCUCCCAAAUCUGCUUUGAACUCUACGAGUCGGAGACCAAACCGCCCCAACAAGAGGGCUGUGCAAUCCCCACGUUUGCAUAUAGCAUUCGCAUCACCAUCAGUCCGGGAUGCCAUAUCUACGACCCCCUGGACAUCCAGCUCGACAGCAGGCAUUGCAUCAGCUGCGCCCCGAGGAGGAGCUUGACGCCGCACAUUGAUUGGAAGGCAGUGAUCGAGACCCUCCGUGCUAAAUUCCAUCAGGUCAAACUGCCGAAGACUUUCGUCGCGGUCAAUCUCUCUGACGCAUUCUCUUUCCAGGAGAAGGAGAAGAGCCAGGAUGACGUCUUGGAGAUGAAGGGUCUUGACAAGAACGCUAAGGCGCCGUCGGAAUCGUCGGCGGCGCAGGAGGAUCCUGAUCCCAGAGACGCGGUUGUUGAAGACACCGACCUGGUCCCAGCAAGCGACGCGCUCCCGGCUCAAGAUUAA